GUUUUUCAAAAACAUUGUUUUGUUUGUGUUUUUCUCGUCACUAAAACAUGUGUUUAAACGCUAUUAACCGGUUCAAAAGUGGACACAAACUAUGGUUUUCGUUACUGACUCGCGAGAGGCCAUCGCCGACACGGAACCAAUUGGUGGCCAAAGACAGACAUUUGUGUCCAAAUUAUUGUCAUAUCCGUGGUUACUGGAGAGUGACUAAAGGCUCGGCGUUUAUCCAGACAUCGAAAUCAUCGGACGAAUUUACACUCGAUGUGAAUGAGAUCACCGCCGGUGACAAGUUCUCGUACAGCUGUUCCCAAUUAAAGAUUGCGUCCAAGAAUACCUCAAAUUCGGCCCAAAUUCGUCUCAAAUUCAGUGAAUUUCAAUUACAGCCGUUUGAGAAUCCGGUGAACAAGAAAAUAGUAUUCACUUCCAGCGAGAGCUGUGAAGUGUGGAUGACUUUACCACUUUGGAUGGGAUUAAUUACAUUGUCUUUGUUGACAGUAAUCCUAUUGCUUGGUCUGUAUUUGCUAUAUAGAGUCGCAACGCCCGACCGGUUUGAGAAUCCAAAGGGAAAGCCAUUGAUUGUGGCCGCGGCUGACGAACAAUAG